GGGGCGCUCGCGGCCCCCGGCGUCAUGGGGUGUCUCAGCGCGUGCCCCCGCCCCUGGAGAACAGGCCGCACAGCCAGGGCACUGGGGUGAGGCAGCGACAUGCCGCAGUCGGAGUGGGUGAGGGUCCGGGGCGGCUGGCACCGUUCAUGCCAGCGCGGUGCAAGCCUGAAACUAUUCCCAGACGGCGUGUUCUAGAAAGCCAGCCACCAGCCGCGCCCGGCCAGGCCAGUUAGAGCAUUUCUGUCCCCUCUCGUACAUGGACGUGAUGGUGCCCUUGAUGGACGAGCAGCAUUUUGACGAGAUGUCAGACGAGGAGCCGGGGCAGGAGCGGCCCCCGGUGCAGAAGCACCGCCAGCUGCACGGCCAGGCGGGCAUUUCAUUUGUGCAGACUCUUAUGCACCUUCUUAAAGGAAACAUCGGAACCGGCCUCCUGGGACUUCCACUGGCCAUAAAAAACGCAGGCGUCGUGCUUGGACCCAUCAGCCUUGUGUUUAUAGGAAUUAUUUCUGUCCACUGUAUGCACAUUUUGGUACGUUGCAGUCACUUUCUAUGUCAGAGGGAUGAAUUUAUGGACCCACAUAAAAAUGUUGUUUUUCUCUGCGCAUGUGCCAUUGACGACAGGUUUAAAAAGUCCACGCUAGGUUACAGCGACACUGUGAGUUUCGCCAUGGAAGCCAGUCCGUGGAGCUGUCUCCAGAAGCCAGCGGCGUGGGGGCGGACUGUGGUUGACUUCUUCCUGGUGGUGACGCAGCUGGGCUUCUGCAGUGUGUACAUUGUCUUCUUGGCUGAGAACGUGAAGCAGGUCCACGAGGGCUUCCUGCAGAGCGAGGUGCUGGCUCCGAAUGUGACCGCGUCGCCAGCGCCGUGCGGGAGAAGCGGCGCCGACCUGAGGCUCUACAUGCUCUGCUUCCUGCCGCUCCUGACCCUCCUGGUGUUCAUCCGCGAGCUGAAGAACCUCUUCCUGCUCUCCUCCCUCGCCAACAUCUCCAUGGCCGUCAGCCUCGUGAUCAUCUAUCAGUACGUCCUUCGGAACAUGCCGGACCCUCACAACCUGCCCGUCGUGGCCGGGUGGAGGAAGUACCCGCUGUUCUUCGGAACCGCUGUGUUCGCCUUCGAAGGCAUCGGAGUGGUGCUCCCCCUGGAGAACCAGAUGGCGGAGUCCAGGCGCUUCCCGCAGGCCCUGAACAUCGGCAUGGGGGUGGUGACGGCGCUGUACGUGACCCUGGCCACCGCGGGCUACAUGUGCUUCCGCGAGGACAUCAGGGGCAGCAUCACGCUGAACCUCCCGCAGGACGCCUGGUUAUAUCAAUCCGUGAAAAUUCUAUAUUCCUUUGGCAUUUUUGUGACAUAUUCAAUUCAGUUCUAUGUUCCAGCAGAGAUUAUUAUUCCCGUGAUCACAGCCAAGUGUCACGCUAAGUGGAAGCAAAUCUGUGAAUUUGUGAUAAGGUCCCUCUUGGUCGGCCUUACUUGUGCAGGCGCCGUCCUGAUCCCGCGCCUGGACGUGGUCAUCGCCUUCGUGGGCGCUGUGAGCAGCAGCACCCUGGCCCUGAUCCUGCCGCCGCUGGUCGAAAUCCUUACGUUUUCUAAGGAGCACAACAGCGUGUGGAUGGUCCUGAAGGACAUCUCCAUCGCCUUCACCGGCGUGGUCGGCUUCCUGCUCGGCACCUACGUGACCGUCGAGGAGAUCCUCUACCCGUCCCCCGGGGCUGCUGCCGCCGCGCAGGGCCCCCCGGCCAACGCCACAGCCGCUUGCCUCCCGCCCGGCUAGAGGCGGUGGGGACGGCCCCGGGCGGUCGGCGUCGCCUGUUCUGGAAAGGACUGAGCCUGGUGGUCGCGCCGCCCUCCCUUACCAGGAGAGCCGUGCCGCUCUCCCGGCGCCGCAGGGACAUGUUGGCAGCAAACUGUGGUUCCUCACCAGCAGGGGAGACUGUGACAGGCCCUGGGCUUUACGUAGAAUCGGUAAUUCUUUUAAAAUUUAGUUUUGAAAAUUAAAAUGUAAAAAAGUUAAAGAGUAAAAGGACUUCUGAAGUCCUUCAUCUCAAGCAGAAAUACGUUCACCAAGAUCCCUUUUACCCCCCACUGCUCCUCUGCCACGCAGCUGCGGUGAGAACAGGGUUUCGGGGUAAGAGGAUUGCAGGAGGCCCCGAGUAAUAACACAGUUCUCAGGCCUGCCAGUGCAUCUCAAGGGAUACUUUGCAUAUGAUGCAAAUAUCCUGAUUAUAUUUUCAUUAGACAAAUACCCCUGAUUAGCCCCGGAGGUACAGAACCCUUCCGUUCACCGUAAUGUCAGGAAAUUGCUAAAUUGGAAUUCUUUUCCACUGUUUUAUAAAAAUGGUAGCUGACCUCCACCACGAAAAUCAUGAGGCGCUGUGCAAGAUUCUGACUGUUUCCCUCAGAUUGGAAAGGCUUUCCGGCAUGACCUCUGGGUGACCAGCUGAGGAAGCUGGUGUCAGAGAGGCUGUGACUAGGCCAGGCCCACGCGGGCCUCAGAACCUGGUUAUCUGCAUCCCGGUCCAGGAGCUCUUAUUUUCACAUUACAUCCAAGAAAAAAGAGAAAGUCAUGCUCAGUUUAAUUUUAGUGUUGCAUCUGUUUAUAUUUCAAUACUUUGAAGGUGGGUGAUCUCUGAGUCGUGCAUGCGGACAGAGAGUCAGGGGAACCCUAAAAGUCUGAGACGGCGCUGUAAACCCAAGCCGGGAGAGAGGCGGCGCGGGCUAGCAGGAAGGCCCCGCGGCUGGGGUGCAGGGCCCGCUACCCCGGCUGAGCUCCCCACCUCUGCUUCCCUUCCUUGGGGGGCUCAGAAAAUGGCCCCUGGCACGGCACAGGGCCGUGCACGCUGCAGUCUCUUACGGACGGAUGGAGUGAAAGACCCAGAAAGUGAGGCCUUCUAGGAAAAGUUGGGACCGUUAAUUAACUGCCUGCUGGCCGCGGAGAGGCUCCAGGCCCCUCCCAGGGAAACAGACACUUAGGGUCCGCCAGACUCUUCAGGCCACGUGGCUGACAUGGGACAUGAAACUGUUAAGUUUAAAACAUGACGGUUUUCGCAACAGUCUUACUCUCCAACACAUGAGCUUUCCGUCGGGUUGCGGGACUAGCCCGUCGAACUGGAAGACACCGAGGUCACGAUGGUGUAUAUGUCUUAUAUUUUUAUAUGUAAAUGUUAACUUCAUGCAAGUAUUUUUUGCUUACUCAUGGACGGGUCACGAGUACAACCCUAAAGAUCUAUCAGAAGCUUUAUUUUGGUACAAAUUCAUAAAAAUCAAGACUGUGUCUAAACACUUGCAUUGGUAUCACCAGUAAUCGCCUGGAACACUUCUUUGCUGGGAGCCGUUGGUCUUACGGAAUGUGGAAGGUGCAAGAGAAGUAAUUGUCAUUGUAAUUUAUUUUAUAUAAUCUUGAAUCCAAAAAUAAAUUAGGUGUUUUAAAAAAACGAUUACUUGGUAUAGUAGGACUUGAAAACC